AUCGCAUUAGCGCUAGCUUAGCACUGGUCCGCUCGGGCCCAGUCAAAACAAUGCAACUUAGCUGGCCUGCUGCGUUUAGAUAGAUAACCGUUAACCUUAUAAUACAGUACGUUCACCGCUUGGUGGUUUACUUCGGUAACGUGCAGUCGCGUCGUUUUAACGGUUGGAUUUUGUCCGAAGCUGCUCUUCCUCCCGUGGGUGUUUUGUUGUUGUUGUGUUCUCGGUGACGGUUGUUAAUGGAGACGGCUAACGGACGUGUGAAGAUAGGCGGUUGGUUCCUCUCUCCACAGGCGGUUGGUUCCUCUCUCCACCGACGGUUGGUUCCUCUCGCCACCGACGGUUGGUUCCUCUCGCCACCGACGGUUGGUCCACAGGCGGUUGGUUCCUCUCUCCACAGGCGGUUGGUUCCUCUGUCCACAGGCGGUUGGUUCCUCUCUCCACCGACGGUUGGUUCCUCUCUCCACCGACGGUUGGUCCACCGACGGUUGGUCCCUCUCUCCACCGACGGUUGGUCCACCGACGGUUGGUUCCUCUCUCCACCGACGGUUGGUUCCUCUCUCCACCGACGGUUGGUUGGUUCCGUCCCGCUCUCCACCGGCGGUUGGUUCCUCUCCACCGACGGUUGGAUCACCAUGGCACCGGUUUCUCUGGUGGCGGCCUGCCGCAGCCUGGCCCUCUCCACGUGGCUGCUGUCCUUCUGCUUCGUCCACCUGCUGUGCCUGGACUUCACCGUGGCCGAGCGGGAGGAGUGGUACACCGCCUUCGUGAACAUCACCUACGUGGACCCGGCCACGUCGGAGCUCCGCACCGAGAAGACAGAGUGCGGCCGCUACGGUGAGCACUCUCCGAAGCGCGACGCCAAGGACCUGGUGGUGGUUCUGCCCAGCGACAGGCAAGCCUGCGACCCCAACGCCCGGUUCGCGGUGCCGACGCAGGCCGGAGCCUGGGUGGCGCUGGUUGCACCGGGCAACUGCACCUACAGGGAUAAGAUCCGCCACGCUGCAGCACACAACGCCUCGGCGGUGGUCAUCUUCAACGUGGGGGCCGCUAAUGUGAACGACACCCUCACGAUGCCUCAUCCAGGUACAGGUGAGGUGGUCGCCAUCAUGAUCCCGGAGCUAAAGGGCCGUGAGGUGGCGACCCUUCUGGAGCACAACGUGACGGUCCACAUGACGAUCACCAUCGGGACCAGGAACCUUCAGAAGUACGUGAGCAGGACUUCGGUGGUGUUCGUCUCCAUCUCCUUCAUCGUGCUCAUGAUCAUCUCUCUGGCCUGGCUCGUCUUCUACUACAUCCAGAGGUUCAGAUACGCCAAUGCUCGGGACCGCAACCAGCGUCGUCUUGGUGAUGCAGCUAAGAAGGCCAUCAGUAAGCUUCAGGUUCGUACCAUCAGGAAAGGCGACCAGGAGACGGAGGCCGACUUCGACAACUGUGCCGUCUGCAUCGAGGGCUACAAACCCAACGACGUGGUCCGCAUCCUGCCCUGCAGACACUUGUUCCAUAAGAGCUGUGUGGAUCCGUGGCUGCUGGACCACCGCACGUGUCCCAUGUGUAAGAUGAACAUCCUCAAAGCCCUCGGCAUCGCUCUGAACGCAGACUGCUUGGACGACCUGCCACUGGACUAUGACCUGGCCCUGGGCGGCGGGGGGGGUGUGGGAGCGGGCGGAGUCGGGGCCCUGGCCCUGGAGGCCGUGGUGUCCGGGGCCUCCAGCGACGGCACGCUGAGCGAGGGGGACGGAGCCUCCGUGGUGCUGGACCCUGGGGUGAGGAGGGUGGGGCUCCCUCAGGACUACCAGGACCCAGACACCCUGAGAGACAGUCCACUGACAGCCACCACAGACACGCACACAGGUGAGCUACAGCCGAUGGCAAGCAGCGCCUCGGUGGCAUCCUUGGUCAUCACCGUUGAAACGGGUCUCUCAGACGAGGAGGGGUCUGUGGACCAGUGUCAGCUGGGGGACAAGUCCUGAGAGGAGCAGAACAGAACCCUAACCCACCCAAACCAGGUCACUACAGACUCAAAUCAAGUCCACAUUUUUUACAGACUUGAGUGGACCUGAAGCUCCAGAGAACGACCCGACUGAAACCAGAUCCAGGACCUGGUUCUGGUUUUAACUGUGUUUGUUUUUUGUUUGGACCUGUGUGAUACAGAACUUAGCUGAACCAAACCAACUUGUCUGGACCCCUGGUGGGGACUCAAGACUAGCCAAAAGCAGGGUCUAGACUCUGAUGGGUUUGCACAUAGUGGACUUACUUUAAGGUGUGUGUUGGUUUUGAUCUGGACUCGAGGGUUUGGCUUCAUUUGUAGUCUCCUGGGCUCUUGGCGAGGUUAGAACCAGGACCUAACCUGGUCUAACACGGGUGUGAUCCAGUGUGGUGACCCUGGUCUUAACCAGUUAAACUGGGUUGUAACUUAGUCCACCUGUCUGGUUCUAGAAACAGACUCCCCCAUCGGUCACUGACCCACGGUGACAGAAACCUGAACUCCAAACAUCGUGGACAUUUUGAUGGUCUGAUGGGAGUCAAACCGAGUCUCCAGAAGAACAUUUAACUCUGGAGACCACGAAGUUCAUCUCAAACUCUCAGAGUAGAAACUGAGGAAGUCAGCUGCCAAAGCAGGAUUAUAAAUCCGGAUCUGUGAGGAAUCUAGACUUCCCUGCGUAUUACCUCCUGUUCUUCAGUAACGAGCGCUCUUGGACCUUUUAUGGAAUAUUCUGUUAGAGGCACAACAACUAGAACGAGACCUGAUGGUGACUCACUUCCUGUCCUGGUCUGGAUUCUCUGGAGGUUUUAUCCUCCGGUUGAAGUGACCUGCCAACAUGCCCGGUGCUGUUUCUGGACGUGUGCAAUGACCGACUUUUCAUUUCUGGAAAGGAACGCUUUUAUUUUAAUUUUAUUUUGAAAGGACAUGCCAGCUGCUCUGCUUCGGUUUGUGUCUUCUUCUUCUAGUGUUCUGCUUAAACCGGUGUUUUACAGCUCCAAUGUGACUGCAGUAUUAAAUAGCAACUACACAGUGUUUUACUUUUUCCUAGUCGGUAUAACUCAAGGCUCCUUUAUCUGUACAGUAGUACUCACAGUAUUUGGUUUGGAUGCUUUCUGUCUUCGGUCGUGGUUCCAAAAUGGUGACACUAAGAAAUGUUUGCAUUGAUUUUAUAAGGUGUGGGAACGGUUGAUGAAAUUUGUUUUAAAACCGAAAAGUAAUUAUUAUCAUUCUGAGAAAAUGGUAACGAGAGAAAUGCCUCCAUGAUGGAGAGUUUCCAGCUGCACCGCCAUUUACUUUCUCUAUUUACACCAUUUAGAGGUUUUUAUUUGUGUUGUACAUUUUGUUAACUUCACGUUUUUAAUCUGCUUUCCUUCAUGCUCACGCUGUACAAAACAAUCGGUUGCGACACCGAGCUCCAACUAGAGGUAGUGACGGCGUCCAAUAAAGUUAAUUCAAUCAUGAUUAUGUCCUCAACGAUGUUGACAAAAAGAGAGAAAGGCAGCGUUACUUAGAAAGUAGAAGCUGCUCUGUUCUGCAACAAACGUGUAAUAUCACAGGAGUUUUAGUCGAGACUACAGUUUGGCCCCAACAUGUAAAAUGCUACUUCAUUAGUAAUAAAAUGAGCUCGGUACGGUUUUUAUCGGAUUGUUUGACAGUAGCUAUGUUUGUUGGGAAAUCGGACUGUGGAACUGCGAGACAGCUAACCACAAUUUGGGACAUGCCAGAAAUUCAUCCGAAUGUCUGACAGCCAGAUUGACGGAUCGUAGCGCAUCAUAAAUCGUAAUCGGGCACCUUAAUUCAUCGUAAUCGGGCGUUGGAAUUGGGCAUUGGAAUUGGGCGAUCUAGCAGAAAUGAGGUGCGUUUCUACGAUGCGUUGGUGAGCAGUUUGGUUGUAAUCCCUUCGUGUCUGCCUGAAGGUAAAAGGACGGACAGACUUUCUUCAUCAGUUUUGCACGGUGUCAGUCUGUCCUGAGUCGUAACGUCUGCUAAUCGUUAAAAUGCGACGUAGGAACCUCGUCUUUAGUGUCCGUCUGCCUGACCACCACGGCCUCAUGCUGCCUUUUUUAAAAACACCUUUAACCCCGACAAUCAAGGAUCGACUCUGACUCUUUAGUCUGUCAUCUUCUCUCCGAUCUCGACCAAACCUAAGAUGUGUUGUUUAAACCCGCUUCCACAAUAAGAGUCAUCCGCCGUUACCAUUCCCAGAGUUUUAAAAUUCAAACGCCGCCACAACAAGCUGUGAAAGCCGACAGAACGACAGUACCCAGAGUGGUAGACUUACAUCCUUCCCUGCUUUAGUGAGCGUAGUUCACUCUGGAUGCCGAGCAUGUAAAUAUUAAAUGUAUAUUCCACGUGUUCUCCGUGUGGCAUCGCUGUCCGUCUGCCAAACGGCUGUUCAGACGCCAAGAGAGAUGAAGAUUGUCGUCUAUUUUGAUACCAGAGGAGACGUUUUUAUUUUUGUAACGAAGACGCCCAGCAGCAAAGACUUGAGUCUCAGCGUGAUUCAGUAUCCGGGCAGAUUUAAGUGUUGAUUAUUUGUGUAAUUGUACAUAAAAACACUACGCAAAGCACCUCGAUGGAAUGAUUCUAAGCUAUUGUAAGUUUAAAUGUUCGAGAAUGUGUUCAGAACGCGACAAAUUUAAGAAAAGGAACUAAGGAAAAACCAUCACACGACAUAAUGGGAUCUGUAGUUCAACCAUUGAACUGUAUUUAUGAAUAAUAAUAACGACCUGGAGAUGUAAUCAAGUCUUUCGUGAUGUUUCGUAGACUUGAAAUGGAACCAAAUCAGCCAGGACGGCUUUUAAAAUUUCAUGUUCCUACUUUGCGGUCUUUGUCGGUUACCAAGUACACAACAAACAUUAGUUAAUAAAGAAACACUGGUUAAAUCAGCUGUACUAUAUAAAGAUGAUGGAUGUGUUCAUGUUGUCUUGGCCAUUCAACAAUAAUUAAAGUCACUUCCUUUGUGCUGUAAGCUUUACUUUAACCGAGAAUGUUUAUUUUUACAUUUGCACUGUUUCAUUUUCUUAUAUUUUUUUUAUGUGACUGAAUCUGCUGCAACCGUAGUGAAAAUGAAUUUGAUCCAUUUAUCUUGUUCUUCUAGUAGAGACUGAGGCUGCUGUGGCAUGUUGCCCCCCAAUGGUUAUUCUUAAAACAAAGUUAAUACUUUGAUAUCUGUCUCUAUUAUCGUGUUAAAUAAAGGGGACCUUCAUGUCACUGCCAGUAAUGACGUCUGAUUGGUUUCUCCUGUUCCCGCCUCUCCUCGCAGCCCAUUGGCUGUUUUCCCCGGAUGCCGUGUUUUGAUUAGUUGCUCAGCCUCUUUUUUUCUUUUUUGUUGUUGAUGCACUUUAAUUCUGUUUCUCUGGAAGGUUCUGGAAAAGUCUCCUUUCUAAUAACUGAUUUAUUUUCAUUUUUAAUUUUCAUCUGUCCUUCGAACAUUUUGUUCGUUCACUACAUUUCACUCGUUUUCCCUCAAGAUUUCUGUGUUUUAGAAAAGUGUGGGAUCAUUAUGAGACAUUUUGUAAACUUGAUUAUGAAAAAAGGAUCUGGAAAAUGUUUCCUGGUUAAACUGCUAAUGUGUUUGUGGACCAACUGCCAUAUAUUUUGCCAUGAAUUGUAAUUUGUGUUGUAUCCUGAAUCAUGUAAUCCCAUCUGGGAUUAUACAUUUUAAUCUUCUAAAUUGUUAAAAAUGUAACCUGAAUACUUUUCUUUUUUUGAAUUGACACACAACCUGCUUUGAGGUGGAUUUGAAUCCAUUUCAACAAUUCUAAAUGUGUUCAGAAAAAAAGAACGAGAGAAAAAGUUUCAGAUCCCUCCAGAGAGACGGUGAAAGUCGAGGCGAUCUGAUGGGUCUACGUGUGUUUCUACGAUAUUACUUGUUUUCUUGAGCGUCUGUUUGUGUGGUUGUCCUGUUGCACGCAAACACAAAAUUACAGACGUACACAUGUGUAAAUACGAAGCGGCCAUGUUUGUUUCUGUGUUUCAGUUGUUGCACGUGUUCUGAUUCAGGACAGAAUUUAAAUAAAACUUUCAAUUCAA